AAAAGAAGGAAAAAAAUCUGAGGGAUUUAUUAUAAAUCGGAGCCAUCCGUUUCGGAGGUGCUCCGUUCAUCUCUCUUUACCUCCUCCGCCGUCUAUAGAUCAGGCAAAUCAAUCCUAAUCGAGCUUGAUUCUUAGAACAACAAUGGGAGGAGGAUUCAGGGUUUUGCAUCUGGUCAGGCCAUUCCUUGCUUUUCUGCCGGAGGUCCAGAGUGCUGACAGGAAAGUUCCGUUCAGAGAGAAGGUCAUCUACACUGUGAUCUCUCUUUUCAUUUUCCUUGUAUGCAGUCAGCUUCCUCUCUAUGGAAUUCACUCUACAACGGGGGCGGACCCAUUCUACUGGAUGCGUGUCAUUCUUGCAUCAAACCGCGGGACUGUGAUGGAGCUUGGUAUUACACCCAUUGUCACCUCUGGACUGGUGAUGCAACUCUUGGCUGGUUCAAAGAUUAUCGAGGUUGACAACAAUGUCCGUGAGGAUCGUGCCCUGUUGAAUGGUGCCCAGAAACUACUCGGUAUUCUCAUUGCCAUUGGUGAGGCUGUUGCUUAUGUCCUUUCCGGAAUGUAUGGUCCUGUUGGCCAACUCGGUGUUGGAAAUGCCUUUCUCAUCAUCCUUCAGCUUUUCUUCGCCGGGAUCAUCGUCAUCUGCCUUGACGAGCUUCUUCAGAAGGGAUAUGGUCUUGGCUCAGGCAUUUCCCUUUUCAUAGCAACCAAUAUCUGUGAAAGCAUAAUCUGGAAAGCGUUCAGUCCUACUACCAUCAACACCGGGCGUGGAGCCGAGUUCGAAGGUGCUGUUAUUGCGUUGUUCCACAUGCUGAUAACCAAGACCAACAAGGUCGCUGCCCUCCGACAGGCUUUCUACCGGCAAAACCUUCCGAACGUUACCAACUUGCUUUCGACUGUCUUGAUCUUUCUGAUCGUGAUCUACUUCCAAGGAUUCCGUGUUGUUUUGCCCGUGAGAUCGAAAAAUGCUCGUGGGCAACAGGGUUCUUACCCGAUCAAGCUGUUCUACACUUCCAACAUGCCUAUCAUCCUCCAAUCCGCCCUCGUAUCCAACCUUUACUUCAUCUCUCAGCUUCUGUACAGGAAAUUCGGUGGGAACUUCUUUGUUAACCUAUUGGGACAGUGGAAAGAAUCAGAGUACAGCGGCCAGUCUAUUCCAGUCGGUGGCCUCGCUUACUAUGUCACCGCCCCGGCAAGCUUCUCGGACAUGGCAGCUCAUCCCUUCCAUGCUCUGUUCUACAUCGUAUUUAUGCUCACGGCCUGCGCGCUCUUCUCAAAGACUUGGAUCGAAGUCUCGGGGUCUUCCGCAAGGGACGUAGCUAAGCAACUCAAGGAACAACAAAUGGUGAUGCCGGGACACAGAGACUCGAACUUGCAGAAGGAGCUGAACAGAUAUAUCCCGACGGCGGCGGCGUUCGGGGGAGUGUGUAUCGGAGCACUGACGGUGUUGGCGGAUUUCAUGGGGGCGAUAGGGUCGGGGACUGGGAUACUGCUUGCCGUCACCAUUAUCUAUCAGUACUUCGAGACUUUCGAGAAGGAGAAAGCCAGUGAGCUCGGCUUCUUCGGUUUCUAAUGUUUUUUUUAGACAAAAAAAUAAGACCUUUUUUGUUAUGUACGUUUUUGCUGACCCACAAAAAAAAAAAUUUGGAGGGUUUUGGAUAUAGCUCCUUCCUGAUCGACGAUCUUUUUUUUU